ACCACCAUUGAUCUCACUAUCUCUCUCUCUACUUCCAAAACUUUCUUACAUUAUUUUCUCAGAAGCAGUAACUCCAUGGCCCCAAAACCCAUCUGUCUCUGAAUCUGGCUGGGAAGUAAAUUAAAGCAAUAACGUCAAUUAUUAUUAUUUCCUCUUCCCUUAUUCGUCUCUUCUUCAUAAAAACCAUUUUAAUAAAACUAAUGGUAUAAUGUCUGUCUUUAUAUAGAUAUAAAUAAAAUAUUCAUGAAAUGCAUUGAAGAAGGUAAGAGAAAAUAAAUAAAGAAGAGUUUUUACAGGCAUGGCUUCACGUGACAGCUUCAUCGACCAAGAACUUCGAGAAAAGAUACUCUCAAAGUGAGAGAGAGAGAGAGAGAGUUCUCACAUGUUCAUUAAUACUCCUCCCCUCAUGCUCACAACCAGACCAUUUCCCUUCCGCCAUUGAUGAGACCUCUCCCUCCCUCACACCUUCUCUCUAGUCUCUUCAUCCUUUCUUUGUUUUUCUCCUUCGAUCUCGAAAGUGACUAAUAAUGGAAAGUGACAGCUAAGAGAUUCAUUAGGUGUUCUUUUUAUGGAAACUCGAUUCGACCAGUAUAUUUCAUUACUGAUUCUUUCUUGUCUGAUUUGAUUCGGUUAGUCAUGGUCUCUUCUUCUCCGUCCACAUUGUUCCUACUCUUUGCUUCUACACUAUUCUUCUUCUGUUUACUUUCUCCCGCGAGAUCCAGCGACGUUGACUCUCUCCUCGCCUUGAAAUCCUCAAUCGAUCCAUCCAACUCCAUCCCAUGGCGAGGAGAAACAGAUCUCUGCAGCUGGGAAGGAGUCAAAGAAUGUCUCAACGGAAGAGUCUCCAAACUCGUCCUCGAGCAUCUCAACCUAACCGGCUCACUCGACUCAAGGAUCCUAAACCAAUUGGACCAGCUUAGGGUUCUCAGCUUCAAAUCAAACUCACUCUCCGGUUCAAUCCCAAACCUCUCCGGUUUACACAAUCUCAAAUCGGUUUACCUCAACGACAACAACUUCACCGGCUCCUUCCCGGAGUCCCUCACCUCGCUCCACCGACUGAAAACCAUAAACCUCUCCGGGAACAGACUAUCCGGCAAGAUCCCGGCCUCGCUCCUCCGUCUCUCGCGGCUGUACACGCUCGACGUCCGGGACAAUCGCUUCGCCGGCGCGAUCCCUCCUCUCAACCAGACGAGUCUCAGAUUCUUCAACGUCUCAAACAACGAACUCUCCGGCCCGAUCCCGCCGACGCGAGCUUUGAAGCAGUUCGACGAGAGUUCGUUCGCCGGAAACGUCGCUCUCUGCGGCGAUCAGAUUCGAAUCCCGUGCGAAACGUCGUCUCCGGGGCCCUCGGCGAAACCAGCGCCUACGGAGAAGAAGAAGAAGAGCAAAGCGAAACUGAUCGGAAUCAUCGCCGGAAGCGUCGCCGGGGGAGUUCUGAUCUUCGUCCUUCUGCUGACGCUUCUUAUCUUCUGCUGUAGACGACGGAAGAGCAAAUUAUCUCCGAGGGAAGAUAGAAAAGGCAAAGGAAUCGUUGAAGGAGGAGAAGGAGCAGGAGCAGCUUCUUCGGAGACGGAGAGAGAUAUCGAGAGGAAAGACAGAGGAUUCUCAUGGGAGAGAAGCGAAGAAGGAGCGGUGGGGACGCUUGUUUUCCUCGGAGCGAGCGAUUCAGGCGAUACGACGAAUGUGGUGAGAUACACCAUGGAAGAUCUGCUCAAAGCUUCGGCUGAGACUUUGGGAAGAGGGACGUUAGGGAGCACGUACAAGGCCGUGAUGGAGUCUGGGUUUAUAGUCACUGUGAAGAGGCUCAAGAACGCGAGGUAUCCUCGCAUGGAGGAGUUCAAGAGACACGUUGAGAUACUUGGACAGCUCAGACACCCUAACCUCGUCUCUCUCAGAGCUUAUUUCCAGGCUAAAGAAGAACGAUUGCUCGUCUAUGAUUACUUCCCCAAUGGCAGUCUCUUCACUCUUAUCCACGGAACUCGAGCUUCUGGAAACGGGAAGCCUCUACAUUGGACUUCAUGUCUAAAAAUAGCUGAGGACUUAGCCUCAGCAUUGCUCUACAUUCAUCAGAACCCUGGCCUAACUCACGGGAACUUGAAAUCGUCUAAUGUUCUGUUAGGUCCUGAUUUCGAGUCCUGCCUCACGGACUACGGCCUCAGCACUCUCCACGAUCCCGACUCGGCUGAAGAGACGAGCGCGGUCUCUCUCUUUUACAAAGCGCCGGAGUGUAGAGACCCGAGGAGAGCCUCUACGCAACCCGCUGAUGUCUACAGCUUCGGGGUCCUUCUCCUCGAGCUUUUGACAGGUAGAACACCGUUCCAGGACCUUGUUCAAGAAUACGGGUCGGAUAUCUCUAGAUGGGUGCGUGCGGUGAGAGAAGAAGAGACUGAAUCAGGCGAGGAACCGACUUCUUCAGGGAACGAAGCGUCCGAGGAGAAGCUUCAGGCGCUUCUGAGUAUCGCAAAUGUUUGCGUGACCAUUCAACCUGAAAACAGGCCUGUGAUGAGAGAGGUGUUGAAGAUGGUGAGGGACGCGAGAGCCGAAGCACCGUUCUCGUCUAACAGUAGCGAACAUUCACCGGGGAGAUGGUCGGAUACUGUUCAGAGCUUGCCAAGGGAAGAUCAAGUGAGCAUAUAGAGAACACAAUGGUUGUGCUUUUCUUUCAUUGCUUUUUUCUAGAAUAACUUUUGUGAUUCUUGGAAGUUAGAUUCCAUAGUGUAAAGCUUCUUUCCUUUUGCAAUGCCGUUUUGAUUCAUCUUCCUGUAGGAUUUUUCACGAGAGCUGUUAAAUUUAUUAAAUUUGAGAUGUUGACAUUAAGAAAUUUGACAUGAAAA